AUGCCAAUGUUUAAGACAGAAGAACCACAGACAUCUAUUCAACAAACGCCUCAUCCAGUCUCAUCAAGAGAACCUACUAGUCCAUGCACACCGCGUCCUUACACCAUUGAAGAAGAGAAAAUGAUUCAGAGCCUCUUGAAUGAAAAGCUUGACCCCCAGCUUGUUUCUUACCGUCCCGGACCAGGCCACGCUAGAAUUGCAUACAUUGAAGGACGUCAAGCCAUCAGUCUGGCCAAUGACAUAUUUGGGUUCAAUGGAUGGUCUUCGAGCGUCAAGGAACUCACUAUAGACUUUGUCAACGAAGUGCCAGGAGGUAAAGUCCAAGUAGGGGUUUCCGUCCUUUUAAGAAUCACUCUCAAAGAUGGAACCUAUCGAGAGGAUAUCGGAUACGGCGCUGGUGAGUUCAUUAAAAAAGCAGACGCGUUUCAAAAGGCCAAGAAGGAAGCUACAACCGAUGCGCUAAAACGCACUCUGAGAUCGUUUGCGUAG